AUGAAUGCUUUUAGGGAAGCACUUGAAGAUUGUGAACUAAAUGAUUUUGGGUUUGUUGGUCAGUGGUACACUUGGGAAAGAGGUAGAUUGGCUGGGAACAAUAUACAGGAAAGAUUGGAUAGAGGAGUAGCUAAUCAGGAAUGGUGGAAGCUGUUUAAUAAUUACUCGGUUCAAUAUUUACAACAUGGGUUAUCGGAUUAUUGUCCAGUGAUAGUUGAUACGAGAGGGGAUGAGAACACACGAACGUUGGAUAGCCACAAGAAAUUUCGAUUUAAUGUUGAUUGGUUGCUGAGUGAAGAAUUAGAAGAGCAAGUCAAGCAAGGGUGGCUGUCUAAUGAAGAAGAAACGAUGACGAAACUUACAGAACUGGGGACACGUUUAAGUAAAUGGGCGAAGAAAGAAAAAGGGGCUAGAGAAUACCGAUCAAAUGUCUUGAACAGUAGAAUGAUAAGUUUGAGUUCUAAAGAAAUCAGUGAUGAGGUCUUAGCAGAGAUGACGGAGAUUAGAUUGAAAAUGUAUUUAAAAACUGAUAGAGAGGAGCUUUUCUGA